AUACACGAGACUCCUCCUGCCCAUGAUCAAGAUCUUUUAUUUUUAAAGAAGAACACAUUCAGGAACUGGGGAUUAAAUCUUAGAAAGAGCAUCAUUUGACACAAAUAAGCUCCGGCAUAAGGUCAGAACAACAAGCAAAUGAAUGCAGCUGGUCUUCAGGAGGAUGAUGUGCAGCAAAUCUGUUCAGGCCAGACUGAGGUUGAAACCUCUGAUUUUGCGCUGACACAAUAUUCCCCAGCAUCCACUGAAAUGAGCCAGCAGCCAUGCUGUUGGGAGACGCACCGUGAGAGGCAGCUCUCGUGGCAGAAGCUUGCGUGACAGGUUUGAGCAGAGAACAGGAGAAACAGAUUCAUCUCUACUGACACACGCUGACAUGGACAACUAUAUUUAGAACUUGGCGUCCGUGCCUUAAGUGACGCGCAGGCGCACACAUAAUGGUUGUGAGCUGAAUACUGAUGGACAGCAGACCAUAAAGGCUGCGCUUUCAUCAGAUUACAUGCAGAUUGAUUAUCUUAGGGGAGCAGCCUAUGCUGGAAAAGAGCAGCGCUUGGCAUCAACCGAAGCGCAAAAUCAUGGAGAAAAGCGCGCAGGUGGAUGCAAAGUCAGCCUGUAAUGGAGCUAUAAUGUGUCUCACCCACUUUAGUGGUGCCGUAGUUAGGGUGGAGGCCUACUGCACUUUAUGAAUAAUGAAAAAGUGACGUAAACAAUGCGGUCCUCUUUGCGGCUCUAGGCUCUAGGCGAGGCGGGCGCACGGAGGCGUGAUGCGGCCGUGACGUAGUUUCAGUCGGAGAUCUUUAAUCCUCUGCCGCAGCAGCACAGCCGGUUACCGGAGGAGGGGGUGUCUGGGUCGGACAGGAAUGGACCGCUCUCGCUAGGCCGGCACACAAGGCCGAAAUAGCUCGGUCUUUAGAUAGAUGGUGAAACAUUACGGCGUCGGCUGCAAGGAAGACGAGAGAACACGGCGAGUUUACGCGCAGGCCAGACCCCCUCCUCGCUGUGCCUAUUCUCUAAUAUUCUCAGCUAAAACGAGCCCCCGCAGACACGCCACGGCGGUUGAAUAUCCUUUCCUGUUUGGUUCGUCGUUGCGGGAGUAGUCGGCCUGCGGGGAGUGCGCCUGGUCCAGCCGGUUUAUUCGCCCUUCAGAAACGCGCUUUCCCCGUCAGCUGCUGCGCAUCAGCACAUCAUGCAGGAUGAGCCUGUGGGGGUGACAAGCGCGCAGUUACCCCUGUCAGCCGAGGAAGAGCCGGAGCGCAGCAGCAGACCCGCAGAGCAGCCGAGCCGCGCCAACAAGCAACUGCGCUCGGAUUACAGCCGCCUCAGUCAGAAGAGAGCUUUCCCCGAUUUCUGCGCGACGCAGUCCAUCUGUGACCUUCAGCACAGCCGAAACACGCACCAGCACAUAGAGCUGAUCACGCCUCCGCCGCUGGGACAUUUCAGCCACCUGCCCGUCUCCAGAGCCGAGCUGUGCGCUGCUGAGCCCCGCGACUCUCCUGUGGGAGAGGCUGAAGCCGAUGCUGCGUCUCCAUCGUCCACUUCCGUUAAUCUGACCAACAUUCAAAUGGACUCCCCCAUCGCCCACCACCUAAACAACGGCAAUGACAGCAGCAGCACUGGCAGUGUGUUGUCCGGAGGUCUCGGUGCCGCUUUCCCGAACCUCCCCACCCAGGAGAUGCAAAGCGCCAGUGGGGGCUCGUCUUCGCCCUCCCUCCCUGGGUUCGGUACCCCUUGGUCCGUCCAGACCAACUCCUCUCCCCCACCCGCGCCCAAUUCCAUCAACCCCAUCCACGCCAACGCUAUUAACCAGAUGCCCACCACGGAUUCGGAGAACAGCUUCUACCCAGGUAUCCCUUCCUCCAUCAACCCGGCCUUCUUCCAGAGUUUUUCGCCGGUGUCAGCUAAUCCGUGCGCCGGGAUUAAUGUGCAGGGCUACAGCGGUCCUUUCUCGCCUCAGAUAAAUGUCCCCCAGCAGCCGCAAAGUCGCAGGUCCCCGGUCAGUCCGCAGAUGCACCCGCAGCAGGGCGCUUUCCUGCAGCAGAGGAACAAUUACAACCAGCACCAGCCCAUGGUGAAGCCAUCUCCAUGGGGGAGUCAUCAUGGGAACGGCUGGGGCUCCGGCGGGAUGUCCUGGGGCCGGGACCACCGCAGAGGGAGCGGCAUGGGCGUGCCCGGCUCGAUCAGUCAUGUCUCGCCCAUGAAGAAGCCUUUCUCCAGCAACGUCAUCGCUCCUCCCAAGUUCCCACGCUCUGCAGGAUCACUGGGGCCUAAGUCCUGGAUAGAGGAGAACAUGUUUCGCACAGACAGCAACAGCAACACCUUGUUGCCCCUGCAGGACCGCUCCAGAAUGUACGAUAGCCUGAACAUGCACUCCCUGGAGAGCUCCCUGAUUGACAUCAUGCGAGCUGAGCAGGAUCCGAUGAAAGGCCGUGUGGGAUGCCCUAACCCCGGGGCUGAAGGCCUUCUCAUGCUAAAUGCCAGGGGCUUCGGGAGGCGUCGAGGUCGGUCUUCCCUCUUUCCUAUCGAUGACAAUCUCCUUGACGAUGGUCCUGGCAGCCAGGGUGUCCCAGGAGUGCUCAGCUCCCCAAACUGUUACCCUCAUCAGAACGGAGAGCGUAUUGAGCGCUUCUCUCGUAAGGUUUUCGUUGGAGGCCUCCCUCCUGACAUAGAUGAAGACGAAAUAACAUCAAGUUUCCGCCGCUUUGGUCACCUGGUUGUGGAUUGGCCGCACAAAGCGGAGAGCAAAUCCUACUUUCCGCCUAAAGGAUACGCGUUCCUGCUCUUCCAGGAAGAGAGCUCUGUUCAGGCUCUGAUUGAGGCCUGCAUGGAGGAGGACGGGAAGCUCUACCUGUGUGUUUCCAGCCCCACUAUCAAAGACAAACCCGUGCAAAUAAGACCAUGGAACCUGAGUGACAGUGAUUUUGUAAUGGACGGUUCUCAGCCCCUCGAUCCUCGCAAGACCAUCUUUGUGGGCGGAGUCCCUCGUCCUCUGAGAGCAAUUGAGCUGGCCAUGAUUAUGGACCGCCUCUAUGGUGGAGUGUGCUACGCAGGCAUCGACACAGAUCCGGAGCUCAAGUAUCCCAAAGGGGCGGGCCGGGUGGCCUUCUCCAAUCAACAGAGUUACAUCGCCGCCAUUAGCGCCAGAUUCGUCCAGCUACAGCACGGCGACAUUGAUAAGCGGGUGGAGGUGAAGCCGUACGUCCUGGACGAUCAGCUGUGCGAUGAGUGUCAGGGCGCACGCUGCGGGGGCAAGUUUGCUCCUUUUUUCUGUGCUAACGUCACCUGUCUUCAGUACUACUGCGAGUUUUGCUGGGCCAACAUCCACUCCCGCGCCGGAAGAGAGUUUCACAAGCCCCUGGUGAAGGAGGGAGCCGACCGCCCUCGGCAGAUUCACUUCCGCUGGAACUAGAGCGGCAACUUGUCUGGGGUGACACGGCGAAAGAAAAGGGAAAAGAAACAGGAAAAAGAGCAUCAUUCUGCCUCUCCUGCUUACCUAAGCUAUCAGUAUAAUCAAGUGCGUAACACUAAACAGUAUAUACUAUAUAUAGCUCUAUAUCUUUUGUAGCAGCCAAACACCACAAGCCUCAGUUUUUCACCAAAUCCCCCCUCACAUCUCAGGCUCUGACAACUCUACAACUCUUUUGUGGUACUUUCAUCUUUUCUAAGAGGAGAUUUAAAAAAAAAAAACAGAGAUAGAUUUUUGUAGCUUUUUUUAUUAUUUUUGUAUGUGAGAUUUAAAGUAGAAACGGGAAUGUUUUUUGCAUGGGGGCAGCUUGCCUGUCUGUCUGUCUGCUGCUAGCAACCACAGCGUGCAAUCAGUGCACACUUGUUUCCAGGAAAUCCUUGAUUCUCUGACGUUGGCGCCUGCCGCGGGUCAUUUACCAAAGGUAGCAAAAUUGAUAGGAACCGUAAAUUUGACACAUGGUCUGCCGCGAAACUAACGCUGUUUUUUUAAUUGUUGCCAUGGGCUCAUUCUUCUUCUUCUUACAGAGUUUAUUAAAGAUAAAUGGAAUAGGGUUAUUUUCUGGCCUGUAGAGUGAUACCUCAAGUUAAAUCUGGUUUCUGCUAAUUCCACAUUUAUACUUUACAAGCUAUUUUAGGAAGCAUUGCUGCUAUAUACACAUAUAUUCAUAUAUAUAUAUAUAUAUAUAUAUAUAUAUAUAUAUAUAUAUAUAUAUAUGAAUGGAUGUGUAGGAAUUAUAUUUAAUGCUGUUUUUGUACCCAAAUCCUGUAAAGUGAAAUGCAGUUUACGCUCAACCACUAAUGGUCACCUCGCCAUAGUCAGAGUGCACGAGAUGACAAUAGGCUUACACAGAUAGCAUGAAGGAUCGUUGGGAGAAAAGAGUCAACACAGAGAAAAAACGAUUUAAACCACUGAAGUCUUUUAAGAAAAAGCUGAGACAUGAUUGUCGAUCCCCUGCGGAGGGCCGAAGUUAUGUCAGAAUAAGUUUAAAAAGAAAAACAUAUGUAUACUUGCAUGCAUUGGUGUUUCUCUGUCUGUUCACAUAAUAUCAAUACAAUAAGUGAUAUUGGUCCUUCUGUAGACGUAGUGGACGCUAUCAUUUUGUGGCUUGUAUAACUUUAAAAAACAAAACCCAUAAAAACAGCUGAGAAGCAGAGUAGUGUUCAGUGGUUUUGUGUUGAUGUUGUCUGUGUGUUGUGCGACUGCUGUGAGUGUAGACUAGCUUAGUUGCAACAUAGUGGGGAAGCACGCCUUCGCCCUCUCAGACGCGUGUGGCCCCAGCAGAGCCGACGGAUGUUUCCGUUUGGAGGACCGAGCUGGGUGUCUGAAAAACCACCUUUAGGCCGCUUGUUUCUUAAAGGAGGCGUCACACCUUCUUGCUGCGUGACUCCGCAAAUCCAAGAAGGAACAUCUUUGGGGGACGAUAAGCCUCUCCUCAUCCACUCGCCCUGCUUUGACACUGAGGAAGAGGGUUUCUUGGCGUGCGACAGAAGGAGCUCUGUUCUCAAUAUGCUGUUUGUUUGAUUUCCACCUCGACCCCCGAGAGACUCUUUAGAAAAUAUUGAGGGACAAUCUUUCUGUGAGGAUGGCAGCGCGGCCGUCUGUUUGGUACUGAUCAAGUGUGUUGUCGUGCUUUUGGUGUCCCCUGGCCGCUGUGUGUGCUCCUCAGUAUCAGUGUUACAGCGUCAAAUGUGUACUGUUACAAAACUUUAAUGGAACAGAAACUUAAAGCUUAUUUUCUUAUCUGGGUCGAAUAACUUAAACUGUUUGUGUCGACUACUUACCCAUCACCUGCCCUUCAAUACGUUUGGAUGAUAUAUAUAUAUAUAUAUAUAUAUAUAUAUAUAUAUAUAUAUAUAUAUAUAUAUAUAUAUAUAUAUAUAUAUUGUAUAUAUAUAUAUAUUAUGCACUACUUUUCUAUUCUCCCCCAUUAUCUUUAGUGAUUCUGGUGCAAAUGUGGGCUCCACUUAUUUAAAAGUGUACAGAGGAUUAAUUAGAUUUUAUUUUUUCAUAAUUAUUUAAGAUGUAGCGUGAAGCCGUGGUCUUAAGUUAUCUGUUGUGUGUGAGUAGAGUCAGAUAUUUUUAAUAUAUUUCUAAUGUAAUCUGCUCGUUGCGAGGACCUGGAUUCACAAUGGCUUCAUGGGUCCCCUAUCUGUGUCUCCCACCCCCCCGAAACCCCUGGUGUCACCUGCUGUUUUAAUAUCGUCACCUGUAACACUUGACUCGUGCUGUUUUCUGUGAGGUUCUAUUUUCUGUGUUAAACACUGUUGUUUUGCUGCGUGUGUCCGUUUUUUGUUUUGUUUUUUUGGUAAAAAAAAUCAUAUUUAUUUCACUAUUUUUAUAGACAAAAAAAGCUAUUUGAUUUUGAUUGUAUUUUUCUAUUUAAAUAGGACUAUUAUUACUGUUUAAUUCCCCCUAAUUAUGUCCAAAAGUUCUGUUCAGAGACUAAGAGUCAUGUCAUUCACAGUUGAUUCUCGUUUUGAUGCACAUGACACGCUACGUUAGAAGGAAAGAAACAUGAAGGUUUUACUUUAUUCUGGGAAGACACUUGAGAUUCUCCCCUGUGGCAUCGAGGCCCCGGUUGCCUGUCCUCCUAGAUGCUCUGAAACUUGAAUAAAACACAUUUUGAAAGGCUGACUAACCUCGAAUCUGUGUUGUGAUGUGCAAUACUGUUUCUAAUGUUUGUAUAAAAGUAAGAACUACAGUGUAAACCUUUUUAAUGCAGAUUUAUUUUUUUCAUUGCAUAUUUUGCAGAUUUCUGAUCCACAGUGUCAUUUUUUACUGUCAGAAAAAAAGAAACCCCGUUUUUUCAUUGCGAGUAUUUUUAAAUCCAGAUAUCUUUGUACUGAUAUAAAUGAUUGUAGUUAUUUUGGAUAGUGUUUUGCUAACAAAAGGAAAGACUUUUUCAUGCAUAUUUCUAUUUCCUUUCAUCUUGUUUUAUCCUGUAUUUUUAUUUUGUUUGAUAGUAGCAAAAUUCUUGGAAUAAUUUUUCACAUUUUAUUGUCAUUGGUAUUAUUUUGUAUUUUUAUGUGGAAACACAGAAUAUUAUUUAAGAUGCUAAUUGCUAAGAUAUUAUUUUGAGUUGAUUAUUUCUAAAGCUGCAUAUUUGUGAUUUUACUGUUGAAGUGGCUAAUUUCUAAAUCAGAGUUUGUGUAUAGAUUCACUAAAGUGGUUAUGAGGUGUUUGGAUUGUAAUUAUUACUGAAUGGUUCUUUGAUAUGCAAUACGAACAUCAUGUUUCUUUUUAUUUUGGUUGGUUUUGUAUUAAAUGGGGUGUUGAUUACAAUCUUUUUCUUUCUUUCACUUCCUGAAUAAAGACCCAUUUUGUUUGGACACAA